UUACGGAAUAUUAUAUUUUAACGAAGUGGUCAUACUAUUAAUUUGAGUUGCACAUGCUUGAUCUUUUUUAGAAUUUAAAAAGUGAAAAAUGUCUAGGCAGCGCUCUAAAGUAAAGUAAAAUUAGUGCUGGUGACAAGUAUUAGACCUCGAUAAGCGAGUUUAAUGUAAAUGUCACUGCGUGGAUAACGUCGGAUUAGAAACAAAUCAAGGCAACGAUAGGCCUGCAAACCGAACGAGUGUGAAAGAAUUUCGAUCUCUGUCGUCAUUUUCGUAAAAUAGUUUUGCCAGUAUUACGGGAAUUUUGAAAGUAACCACGAAAUGGACGACUCCAAAAGGCAGAUCGUCAUGGGCCCACCGGCGGCAGGCACCACCACUUCCAACCAACCGAAGCCCGGUAAUCCCAGCAUUGCCCCUCCUCCACAAGCCACCAAAAGUGCUGCAGCUCCGCCCAAGCGGAUAAUUAAGAAGAUUCAGCUGGAUUUCAACAAGCUCAAGGAGGCUGGACUCGACAGGCAGCUGGCCGAGGUCCUCAGAAAGCAGAAACUGGAUGCCAAGAGGUUGCACCACCCAGCAUCCACCAGUCUUUCCACCUCGGCCGCAGCGCAGUCGACGCCCACUGCGGCAGAGAGCAAAUUGCAGUCGCCUCAACAACAAUUGCGUCAGCCUGCACCUCAGCCCUUAGUAAAACGUUAUAUGAUCUCGGAACACAUCGAGAAGGUGGUGCCCAUCCAGCCGAUCCCAAAUCCGACGGUUGGUGACCGUUCCAAGCAAGUGAAGGCGCUUUUAAAGAACAGGAUACUAAACAAGAGCUUGGUCAUAAACACGAAGGCUCAGCAGAAGCCAACAACUUCUAAAGCAGCAACCACGAUGCCACCACCUGUCUGCCAGGACUCAGCUCCUCGCAGUGGCGGGAUUUCCCCAGCUCCUGCAGCCUUCUCCAUGCCCAUUGCCAAGGCGGACUUGACUGUCCGACAAAAGCAGCCUCCACUUUUGCUCAAUUUGGUAAAUCAGCUGCCCAAACAUCGAGCCAUGUGCAUAUCGAGUAACAGUCCGUUGGUAAACCAGCAUCAUGUUUUACCAAGUCCACAGAGGAUUCCAGUACAACAAACUCCGCAAGUUUCCAGCCAACAUCAUCCAGCUCCAGAGGUUUCCACAGCUCGAGCAGCCUCUGCUGUUCCCACCCAACUUCAUAGGACCCCAUCGCCGCCACUAAUUGUGCUGGAGAACAAGGUGUUGGCACCCAAUGAGAAGAUCGAUUUGAGUGGGCUUCGCCUGCCAAAUGCUCCGCUGGAAGCUACGAAUUCUCCGGAUACUGCUGCUACACCAAAUAUCCAAUCUAAAGUGAUCAAGGGUAAAGUUAUUAUGAACGCCAAUAAGUUUAAGGUAUCGCGGGAAAAACUGGCAGAGAUGGCCAAAGAGAUUCGUAAUCAGGUGGAUCAGGUGAAAAAACCUCAAGCUGUCAAAACACUUAAUUCAAUAGAAGGUAAUUCCAAAAUUGAAACUCCUUUCACUAAUAACACAAUACUUCAACCACAACGAACUUCGCCUUUCUCUACGCCAACCCUGAAAGGAAAUGACGCUCCUUUCAAUAAUCCAAACCGAAAUAAAACAGCAGAUUUUUCGGCUGGCUCAAGUAAAUCAAAUCCAUUACCUGUAGGAACUACAAAACAAACUAUGGAAUCGAAUGAGUCUAGUACAGUCUUUCCUACAACAGUGCCUACAACACUUGGCGAUCCAAUUACUCCUGAUUCAAAUCCUUCUCCCGAGCAGCCAGAAUGCGUACCAACAAUUUCAGAAAUGGAAGGAGUCAAGACAGUUGAAAACCCCCUUGAUUUUCCUGUAUAUAUAACGUCAACUCCUGAGCCCAAAUCAGUCACCACCACAGAGCAAAGCCCUCUAAAAUCCUUUGCUGAAAUGAUAGAUUAUCCGGAAGUAAAUGCUCUUGAAUCAAGUACUCCUGUUUAUAUUCCAUUAACUGCGGGAAGAGCAGAGGUUACCACAGAAUCAAACGCGGUUGGUUUGCCUAAAGAAGUGAAGCGGGAUGUGGUUACCUCAACAUCCAAUUCGAAUAGGAAGGUAAACGCAGAAAUAGGAGAUUUGGAUUCUCGAGCGGUCACUUCAGCAGCAGAUAAAGCAGAGUCGAGUUCAACUGCGGCUACAUCACCAGCGCAUAAAAUCCAAACCGCUGUUGAUUUCAUAGCUCAACUGACAGCUGAAAAUCCACUAGAUGAAAGCAGCUUUAUGGAUCUGUCACCGGAAGAACAAAGGCUAAGUGCUCUAUUUGGAUUUGGAGGAUGCUCGUUUGCUAGUGCGUCGAUUGAUCAACCCGUGGAGGAGCUACCCAUAGGAAAGAUUGUCAAAAUGGACGAUAUGAAUAUAUUGCACGCUACUUUGGACAUAAGCAGCGACAGUACAAAUGUACUGCGGAUCAGUCCCAACGCAGUGAAAAUGCAAAGCAGUGUAACAGCAUUGGAUAACUCAUUGGUUGAGUUAGAUGUGGGAGAUGCCACUGCAAUCGAAUCAAAAAAUGUGAAAUCUUCGGUAGACGAGACCCCAAUUCAAGAAACCAAAGAAGUAACCACUGUUAUUCCAACUUUGCCAGAAAAAUCUGACGAAAAAUCACAUGUACCUUUGGAAGAGGUCAAGACAGUGACAGAUCCAGAGCCUUUAAAGGAGGUCAAUCCUCCCGUGAAAAGGGCAGCUAUCAGAUCCAAAAAAGCUAAAAUUAAUCUAGUGCAACGCACUAAAAGACCAAGUAACCCAAAGCCAAUUGAAGUGAAGAAAGCCAAGUUAGAUUUUGAGGAGGACGACGAGCAGGCGUUGGCUAUCGAUCACAGCCUGAUGGAGGAUCGAUACGGAGUCCCUGGAAUCGAGGUAAUUGACAAUUCAGCUAGCCCAAGCUCAGACCCAAUAAAUCAUAAUUUAUCUAGUGUUAAAAACAAUCCAAAGGUGCCAGCAGAUGAGAAGCAGCGUGAAGAAGAAAUCAGUCCAGUUCAAGAAGAAGAUUCAGCGAAAAUCCAAGCCGAUAAAGACAAAGACGAUGAGAGUGAAAUUCAGUCGAAAUCAUCCUCAGAACGAGACCUAAGCCAGUUGUAUCACCCACCCAAAAUGCCUAAAAACAAAUCAACACACAAGACCAGCAGUCACGACUCCCUUGAUGAUCCACAACCCACAUCGUCGAGCAGUAAUGUCUCCCUAAUGGACGUCCUCUCACAGGAUCCACCUGCUCCACAGGGCGAGCCCCAGUUACCAUUUCGAAAGGACUCCAAGGAGCUAAGUACCAGUGCAAAUAGCUCAGUUGAUGUCACAGGAAUACAGAAUUUAAUUGGCCACUUGACUGCCGAAAAGGUGGUGCCACAAACCAAGAAGCUUUCGCCAACUCCUAAAUCAGAAGAGGCAUCUAAAGUGCUGUCCCGCAAGAAGCUUGUUAAGACACGUCCUGUGCUCAGCAAGAGAUCCACAAAAGUUGGCCAGAAAAAUCCCACUGAAAAAUCCGUGCAUUUUGAAUUUCUUCAUCCUGUUAGCGCGAAUGCGGGAAAUCGGGUUCCCACUUCCAGCACUAGUGACGAUGAUAGUUCCAUAUUUCUGGGAUUCGAUGACACCGAAGCGAAACGUUCUAGGUCUCCAGUAAGAGGCAAGCGAGUGAAACAAAUGAAGAUUAAUGAAACGGACAUCAGCGAUGACGCUACACCUGAUUACGAUGAGACCGAGGAGGAGCAGCAAUCUAUGGAGAUACAGCAACCAGUUAAGAACCCUGAGACUGACUCUCAGUUUACUUUUAACCAUCACAAGGUUGUGGGACCUUUUUCUGAUGAUUCAGAUAGCAGUAAUACUGGUCCUUCUAGUCCAAUGGAUUUUGGAGCUAACAUGUCGAUAGAUGACAGCAGAACGAGUGAAGAGUGUCCAAAGAAGGAUGGAACUGUAUGGGAAGAACUGGUAAAGGAAAAGUCUAUUGCGGGUGAGGGAAUUUCUCCUGCAAAAUCCAAAAUUGAAUCAACAGUAGAUUGUUCCAAAAUUGAUGACUCACCAAAGACGGAUGUGGAUGCAAAUUCAACUAAUCAUAGAGUAGAAUCUCCUUCCUGUGCUUCCAACGAAAAUGAGGAUGAAAAACAGCUAGAACCUGUGAUAACCGAAAAGGAUUCCAUAACUAUUGACAGCAAAUCACAACACAGCAGGAGAAAGUCGAAAAAAUCAAUUUCAAUUACUGCUGAUGAACCGGGUGAUAAAGAUACUUCAAUUACUAGCAAGGUCGACGAAAAGCGAUUGACUAGAAGUCCUUUAAAAACACCAGGAUCCCUGGAAAAUACUGGCAUGGAAAUCUUGGCUGGGGGUAUGGCGUCUGAUAAGCAAAAUGUACCUCUAACAUCUCCCAAAGCUGUAACAAAUCUGAAAAAUAUAAAAUUAAAGGAAAAACAGGAAGAAGUAUCGAUUGAGAAACCAGUCUCAUCGUUAAGAUCCAGAGGAAAAAGAAAAACUGGAAAUUAUAAAAAAAAAAUCGAUGAGACUCAAGAAGUUAAUGAUUCAGAACUAACUUCUGAAAAAUCAAGUGGCUCGAAAAAAGACGAAGUGGCGACAGCAGAACGAUUGGAAGAAGGUGAUCCAUUAACGAGAGCUGAUAAUACAGAAGACACAGAUUCCAUACGAAAUUCCAAAGACAAAAUCUCCGUUGAAAACACUGGCACUAGGGGAAAACGAAAAUCUCGUUGUAUAGAUUUUAAAGGUUCUAGGAAAGAGGGGAAUGAUAUCAAAGUACCAGAGAACGAUAUAAUUAUUUCAAAAGACGAUUUACCUUUAACUAUAGUAGCUAAUUUAGCCUCAGUUGAGAAACCAGAUGAACAAAAGCCUGUUGAAAUUCCGGAGGUAUCAGUAAAAUCAAAAAGAAGUCGAAGAUCGCUUUGCGCAACCCCGAAAACUCAAGGGCCAUCUGUUAUUCAGCCUGAACCAGUAUCAAAUCCUGUAUCAUCUUCAGAAAACGCGACACCUAGAAUGGACGAUGAUGUGUCAGAGGAGAACGAGGCCAAAAAUAAGCGACCAACUCGAAGUAAAUCUCCAAAAACAAAAGGUUCAACUAUUAAGCAGAUUGCAAGUCUAGAAAGUUAUGCAAUUAAAGAUCCAGAUGCACCCAGUAAAGCUGAAGGUUCGACGAGACCAACUAGACAACGGCAAUCUCGUUAUAGCAAAGCUAAAUCUGAUCCCAAAAGUCCAGCAGAUUCUGAACCUGAAAAACCAACCGAUACCGGUAUACCAAGUGUUACUCCAGAUUCAGGUGAGGCAAAAGCUGGUGCUUCGGAGGAACCAAGCGGAGAAGUUCAUCUGAAUCUUAACAAGGAAUCCUGUCAAGAACAAGUAGCGUGCAAGGACUCCAAUCAAGCGAAUAAUUCUCCAAAAACCAGGAGAAAACGACAAUCCCAAAGUGGAACAACAAAAGUAAUAGUUCCAGCAGCGACUGAUUUAAAUCCGGAGAAAUUACCCACAGAUAAUAAAGAUGAAAGAGUUCAAGCCCCAAAAGACCAGAUAAAGCCGACAACGUCUAAAAAUUCGAGGGGAACACGACAAUCUCGAUCCAUAGCUCCUACAAAUACUCCAGACACAAUGGUUGCCACGCCUUCAGAAGAUCAUCAGUCGGUUAAAAGUGAAGUCAAACGGAAGACUUCAUCCCGAAUAGAAUCAGUUCCACCAGACACGCCGAUACCUUCAGUAAACGUUUCCGACGAAAGUGCGGUUCUAGAAUCGGCUCCUAAAAAAGGCAGAAGGAGUAAGAUCACUAGUGUAACACCUAACACCUCAACCCCGAAGUCAAGUGAAUGUGGUUCUCCAAAUGCUAGUGAGAUGAUCCCGCCAACAAGUGAAGAGCCGAAGGUUCCCACGAAAAGGGGAAGAAAGCGCGCUCCGCCUUCUGAUAUAGAACCUCAAUCAGCCAAAAAGUUAAAGACUGAGGAAUCUUUGGAAGCCGAAAGCGUAGUUGAUUUUAAUCUUCGCCUUCUACUCAUAAGAAAGCGGGAUCAGCUGGACACAGACGAAGUUUUAACCGAUGACGGAAAAGGGCAGGGUCCUCUGCAAUGUGGCUUGUGUAUGGCGCGCAGCGAGAAGAACAAUUGGCAGCGUCAUUUAGGAGAGCAUUAUGGAGUUGGUUGGCUUGUGGGAGAAACACCCAAGAACAUCACGCGUGCUGGUAUAAUGACAAUGAUGAAGAACUACCUUCAGAAAAACGGGGGAAAACUAACUUGCCGCCUUUGUAAUCAUCAAUUGGGCUCUUACUUGGGCAUGAUGCUCCAUCUGGAGGGAUGCGGCAACAAGCAGCGCUUUCAGUGCGAGUUCUGCCAGCGCUCCUAUACCAAACUCUCACUGCCGGUCCAUAUAAGAACUUGUCCAAAGCGCAUAGCGCUCCCGGUUCCUGAGGAUCCGGAAGAUGCGGACGGAGAUGGCAAAGAAACCGUUUUUAGUAAUGCUGGCCGGGCCAAGCGGAAGUCUACAAUUAAAGCUGAAACCAAAUUAAAGAAAAUUGGAGAAGCCCUGACAACGCAAAAUUCGGUGGAGGGGGCCUCCGCAAAGAACGAUUUCGAUGGCGAUUCAUCGGACUAUGAUAUGACCAAAGACAAGGAGUCGUCCGAGGAAUAUGAUUCGGAAGGAGUGGAUUCCAAUGAGGACUGCAUAAGCAGUGAAGGUGAGGGCAGCUUUGGCGACAAUUUCCCCCCAUCCAAGCACUCGAAAGCAAACCGACGAGGAGACAUUGACAGGAAACGAGUAUAUAAACGACCAGUAAAUGUGGGAGAGUGUCAGCAGAAGCCUUUACUGUCACGUUAUCAUCACUUGGAGGCUAGGGCGACCCAUAGAUGGAAUGAAUUCGUGCAACGCAAUUAUGCUGCUGGUGCUUUAUUCACCCAACUGCUGCCCAGAUAUUCGAACAUCUCUAAAAAGAAUGCUGAUGGCUUGUUACCACCCAAGAACACACCAUCUAUGCGCUAUGCCUAUGGUAAAGUUAUAAACGAAGACGAUUGGAAACAACUGGCACCGUUUGAGGGCUUCAAUAAAGAAGGUGAAUAUGUAGGCUAUCUGGGCGGCUCGAUUAAGAAACUUGAAUGGGUGCCUCUACCACCGAAAGCUGCAAACCAAUACCUUCUAUGUUCCGUGCGACCAAAGAUGAAAGCCUUUGCAAGACAUACAAAAAUAAAGGAUGAAGAUGCUCUAUUGAUGUUACUAAAGUGUAGUGCCAAGAAUGCGGGCAAAUCAUGGACCCUGCAACCAGAACUUCAUUAUGGAGUUCAUGUACCCAAUGGACCUGUUCAUAGUUUUUCAUUUCUGCCCAGUGGUGGCUAUGAUAAGUCAUCGAAUCGAUUAGGCGUAUUGGCUGUGGCGAAUUCAUUGAGUAGUGUUCACAUUUAUGCCCUGCCAUUGGAGCUGACCAAUGAUGAAAAUGCCGACGAUAAGGUGGUCAUUCAACUAGAUUCGUUGAUUACGCUUACACUGGAUAUAAACAAUCCUGUGCAGAAUCAGUGCACUAAAAUUUGUUGGUCGCUGUCUUCGGGACACAAUUUCCUAGCAACAGGGUAUAGCAGCGGUCACUUCGCCUUAUGGGACAUUGACGACAAGGACAAUUUGAAUUGUUUUAACAAAAAUAAUCAGACUCAUUUUGUGCCUGUAAAUUUUCUUUACCUAGGAGAGCGGAAUGUUCAGUAUAUGGAUCUGCAUUAUGACAAUAAUGGUCCACGCUGGCUUGCGGUUGGUACUUCCAUACGUCAAUUUAAAAUCUAUGAUAUUGCAAACUGGUCGAACCCAUACAUACUCACACAAGACAUCAUUUCCAGUCUUUAUAUGGCUAAUUUAACCUGGUCACCUAUUUGUGAGACCCUAGUGGUCAGUAGUUCACACUUUUUUCGUACUAUAGCAGUUAGUCCCUCGGGUAUACAAUUCGAGCACAGGACCCUUGAUGGAACCCUAACAACGACACGGGAAAUGCACACGAAUUGCCAGCAAAAUCACAUGGUGUUCGUAACUGACAAUGGCGACUUGGUGUUCCUGGAUGUGCGAGAUCUUAACUGUGGCCCUAUUCUGCUGAAGUCAACGGUUAACUCACGUGCUGUAUCCACCACCGAGUUGCACCAUUUAGGCUCGUCUGCUCCGAAGACCACGGAUCCCAUCACCCCCGAUGAGUUCCUCCGGAACUACGGGUUGCAAAUCAAUCCCCUGAUCCCUGAGCCCCACAAACGCAAGUCCACAUACCUGAGCGCCAAACGUAGACCGCAAAACAUAAACUCUCUGGCAAUGACCAGAUUCAAUUGCGUUCGAUGCAAUUGGAAUACGUCCACCCAUACUUGGGUGGCCAUGGGUGCCGAACAUGGCAUGUUGCGAAUCCUCAACUUCGAUCGAGAUAAAUUCUUCUAAAGGAUUUUUUGACAACACUCUGGCAACUGAAAAUCUUCUGAACAAGCACCAUCUGAGAUUAUAACUUAUUGUUUUACCAUAUAAGCUAAUUAGUUUUAAAACUCGUUAAGAGGCAAUUAAUAUAUUGUGCAGAAAUUGUUUAACUGUAAUUUAUUUAUA